GGUUGCGUUGAUACUUGGCAAGACGAAGAAGACGGCGACGAAGGUGUUAAAGCAUGGCUCUGCAGCAGGGCUUCAGGGCGGCGAAAAAUUUCCAGCGCCUGGCUUGCUGCAUAAGCCCUCUGCGGCCGAAGUCGUCAUCUUCUGGUGACUGGAGCGGUGGCAUAGGCAAGGGCGGAGGCGCUGGCGGAAGCAUCCGUGAGGCCGGCGGCGGCUUCGCCAAGAUGGAGCUGGCUCGCGAGGAACAGUACUUCCGUCAGCUGGAACCAUCACGGACAGAAGGUGCAGCGUCGCCGGCGAGACCUACAGGACGGCGAGGGCUGGCUGUGCCGAGACCACGUGCGACCGGCGCAGCAUCAGGGGCGGCUGCGGAGGCGGGAUCGUGCGAGGUUGUUUCUGCAGACCGGGACUGUACCGCAACCGACAGAGAGUCUGCGUGCUGCCCGCCGAGUGUCACUGAACGGCCGCGCACGAAAGACGCGUCGAUCGGCGGAGAAAGGGAUGGAAAUGAAAUCGACAGCACGCGCAGCCGGUUCGCUACCCUGAACGAAGGCCGGAACGAAAGGAUGGCGAGACGGACUAUGAACAAGCCCUGCGCGCGCAGACGCAUAUACUUGCCCGAUCGAAGUAAACCUCGUAACAGCGAGAGAUGAGCGCUGAGUCCAUUUUUAUGAUGCUCAAGAAAAAUAGAUACUACGUGCAUGAAUCAAACGACGUGAGUUGUUUCAUUCUGUAAACACGCAUAUCAGGUUUGGAAAAAAGGACAAAGUGGAACUAAGUGCCAACAGCAUAACAAAUAAGAUGACACUAUAUCGAUAUAUAUAGAUGCGGUGGCGAAAAAAAGAUUACAGUGGCUCCGUUGAUAUAGCAUAAAUAAUA